UUUUGGUGGGUUUGUAGUAUAAACUAAUUGGUAUUUGAUUUUAAUGCUUUUUGUUAAUGUUUGAUCUAUUUGAUGUAAAGGGUUUUCUAUAUUUAGCAUAGUAAGUGCUUACUUAAGAAGAUUUUUUAAUUUUUCUGAAUUUUGUUUGUUUCUAUUUUUAGAAUGUUGAUGUGAAUCUAAUUAUGGAGUGUGAGAGUGAGGAUGAAUUUAGACACGUGUGAUGUUUCAAUUUCAAUGCCUGAAUGGCUAACUUGCUUGUGAGCAUUUCAUGGUCAUGCAUGUCCUGCAAAUUACAACAUGGUUUUGUAGAUCUGUUGUUGGCAGUGGCAGUGAAAGUUACAAUUAGGAAAAAGAAGGGGGAAAAAUCAUGCAUGCGGUUGUUUUAUUAUGCAGUGAUGAUUUUAAUCUUGAAUUGAUGACUGAGACCGGGCUAAACAAAGAAAUAUCAGACAGUGGAGCUAACGGGAGGCGCCCAGAUAUUUCACUUCAAGUUCCACCUAGACCUUUAGGGUUUGGCAGCACUGCUGGUGGAAAGGUUCUGGACCACUCCCAAAGUUUCUCUAAAGGGUGGUCAUCACCAAAAGGCUUUUUGCGGGUUUUGAGCUUCAAAAGAAAAGUGAAUGUAGCAGCAGAUGGUGAAAGAAGCAGCCUUCUUAAUUCAGACCCUAAGACAGCUGCAGAGAGUACUAGUAUGACCUCCAUAUCUGAAAUUCCAUGGUCAAGAUGUAAUUCUCUUCCAGUUUCCCAUGCACCAAAUCUAUCCCCUUCAGUUGCUGCCACCCCCGUGUCUGCAAGGACAUAUAAUGAACAACAGAUUAAGCCACAUAAAGAUGUUAAAUCUAAGGUUUCGAGGUCCCUUUCGAUACCUGGACGAAAUGUUGUUAUUGUAAGAUCUGUCUCUUUUAAUACCCGCAGUGAACAGGACAAAGAAGAUACAAAUGACGAUCAAAUAACUCCUGCGCCAGUAGAAGUUACUGAAGAUGAAGAAAUUCCUGAAGAGGCAGCGGUGUGCAGGAUAUGUCUUGAUGAGUGCGAUGAAGGAAAUACCUUUAAAAUGGAAUGCUAUUGUAAAGGUGACCUGAGAUUGGUGCAUGAAGAAUGUUUAAUCAAAUGGCUCAACACAAAAGGAACCAACAAAUGUGAAAUAUGCGGGAAAGUGGUUCAGAAUUUACCAGUAACCUUGCUCCGUGUAUCCAGCUCUGUUCAACGAAGAAACAGACCGCUUCAGGAUCACCAGAACUUUAAUUCAGAGACAAUAAGUGCCUGGCAAGAUUUUGUGGUGCUUGUCCUGAUAAGCACAAUAUGCUAUUUUUUCUUCCUUGAACAGCUACUGCUUCCUGAUUUGAAGACUCAAGCUAUCAUUAUGUCAGCACCAUUUUCCUUUACCUUGGGCCUCCUGGGGUCUGUUUUUGCUAUCGUCCUUGCUAUCAAAGAGUAUAUAUGGACAUAUGCCGCUCUUGAGUUUGCACUUGUGGCUAUAACUGUACAUCUGUUUUAUACUAUGUUGCAUUUGGCGCCAAUUUAUUCAAUACUACUUUCAACAGUUUUUGGUUUUGGAAUUGCUAUGGGAAUCAACUAUAUAUAUAUCCAGUAUGUUAAUUGGAGACUUCAGGUCUCUAUUAACGAGAACCCAGCAUGAAUCUCCUCUGAAAGAAAACAUCUUCAUGGAUUUUCUUUGUACCUACCGGCAUCUUUGCCUUCUAUCAUAGUGUCUAUUGUCUAAUACAAACCUUGAGUUUGUCGAUCUACUAGUUAUAGCCAUGUGCAAUGCACAAGUGGCAUUCGACGAUUAUGAGCUUAGUGUAAGAUAGUGUCAAAAUUAAUGUGUAGAAAUAGGAAUGUGAAGACAUAAGUAGUUGUAGUAAGCACGAGAUACAAAUGUAUAUUUGAAUCUAAGAAUGGCAGCAGCAAAAUGAUUAUCAUGCAGAAAUGCAUUCAUAAAUGAGUAGUGAAGUUAUCGCACACACAACCUCAUCCGCCAAGUCCAAUCAAGAAGACAUUGUAGCCGAUAUGGUUCGUAAAGACAUCAACCAACUUCAUAAAAUAAAUUCUGUUGUA